AAUUUUCAUUUACGUUUAUACUUCGCACGAGACAAUAUACUAAUCACGCAUUUUUUGUAGUAAAAUAAAAGGUGAAAAAUAACAUAGAAACUAUUGAUUGUAGGAUUGACUGAAUAGGAAAACCAUGGUGUACACCGGUUACGAGAGCAACGGAAUGCAGAGUGCAGAGGAAACUGAAUGGCUUAAAUAUGAAGAUCCCAACGACUGGGAACAGAGCUUGUCCGUUUAUAGUGGCGCGGAGCUGCUCAGCGGCGAUGAGCAGGAGCUGCAGCCCUCAUUGAACCGGGUUUUGAGCCUCAUCGAUUACGAUCUGGCCCUGAAGCAUCCAUUGGAGCACACCUGGACCCUGUGGCACUGGGCCAACGAUCGCACCAAGAGCUGGACCGAAAUGCUAAGCGACGUGACCAGCUUCAACACGGUGGAGGACUUCUUUAGCGUUUACUACUUCAUCAAACCUCCAUCGGAUCUCAUGGUCUACAAUGACUAUAUGGUGUUUAAGGAAGGCGUACGUCCCAUGUGGGAGGAUGAUAUCAACAAGGAGGGUGGCCGUUGGAUUAUGCUAUUGGACAAGGCCUCCAAGCCUCUUACAGAUAAAAUGUGGCAUGAUUUGCUCUUGUGCAUGAUUGGCGAAUGCUUCCAGUAUUCUGACGAGAUAUGUGGAGUGGUGAUCAACGUGCGCAACAAGGCUCACAAGCUAUCACUUUGGACCAAGGACUCGCGCAAUGUAAAGGCUAUCCUGGCCAUUGGCAGGCAGAUGAAGGAGCUGUUGCAGCUGGGCGAUAUGGAGAUCCAGUACCAGGCGCACAAGGACGCCAUGGUACAGCACGGACCCAAUGUGUAUGCCAUACACAAGUUGUAGGCGCCAGGUGGAGAACCCCUCUCCAAAAGGCGCGAUCGUAUCCUGGCAUACCUAUGUACAUACUUACUUACCGACAUGCUUACAUACAUAUGUCAAACUCACAUUUCAUCCACGCACCGGUGCUUUUUGAGACGGAUAGCGGUUGUAGCAUGAAUAAAGCAUUGCAAUCUGGAAAAAUAGAAA